UGCGAGUAAGACAUGUAGCAAUAGUAAAAAAUUGACAACCAGUCGUAUAAAUGUACAUAUCCAUCGGUGAAAAAAUCAUUCCGAAAGAAUCAGUCAAUUUUGUCGUUAACAUUUCAUAGCCCAGACUGAACUGCAACGAAUGGACAAUAAGAAAUUCGACGAGAGAUUGUUGGGACGGAAUCAUUACGCCGGAUUCCACUCUCCACAGUUUUGUCUUGCAUGUCAACAUACUUCCAUGAUUAAGUUGGGAUGCCGACCACGAACCCUGAGCUUGGUCAGCGUUAUCGUCCUGGCAAUGUCCAACAUGUUUCUGACCUUUCUCCUGCUCCAGUCAGAGACAUGCACGAGUUCAGAUAGUCGUGGAGCUCUGAUGGGUGUGAAUGUUGUCACAGAAUGGAACAUCAACUCCGACGACCAGAGCAAUGUCGAGUCGAAGAGCAUCGUCCGGUGUUCGGUGACAGAAGCCAAUCCCGAUAUCAACGACACCGAACCCCUCAAUCUGGACUUUCAUUUGGGUAGAUGGGACAGUCGUCGUCAGUACAAAACAUUCGAUUCUGUUCUAGUUGGCACACAAUUCUCUGAGCUAUCCACCUCGAAGAGUGUGUGCCUGGCUACACAAUCGUCCUUGGAAAAAUUGCACUCUUUGGUGCAAGUCGCUCAUCACUGGACAGCAUCGAUAUCCGUUGCUCUGUACACCGCUGGUGAUGAAGAGUUCGAGGCCCUCCAGAAGUAUCUGUACUAUAUCCGAAGAUGUUAUCCUCCGAUCAGGGAGAGAGUCACAUUUUCUAUGGCAGCGCCGAAGAACAAAAUUCCAACAAAAAAUCCAACGACUUUUCAUUACUCCGAAGACUUCCAGUGCUCCAGACCGGAAGCGACAUUACUCGAGCUGAUGAAUAAAAUAUCGGCUGAGCACACGAAUUGGCGAGCAAAGAAUGUCUAUCCGCAAAACCACAUGAGGAAUUUGGCCCGAAAAAAUUGUCAGACAAACUGGGUAUUUCUGACCGAUGUGGACAUCAUACCCAGUAUGAACCUCGCUGAUUCCCUGGAUCAAUUCAUGCGACGCACUCGUGAUUGUGAUAAAUGUGCUUAUGUCAUACCAACGUAUGAGCUAGAUGUCAGAGUUAAAUUUCCUCAGAAUAAAAGUGAACUUGUGAGACUAGCGAGAAAGGGACUUGCCAGGCCAUUUCACUGGAAAGUUUUUAUACACAAUCAGUAUGCCACAAAUUUCACGAGAUGGAUAUCAGAUGUGACUCCCGGUGCAAAAGGCUAUCAAGACGUUGUCCACGGAGUUACUUACAUUAGCCAUAAUGUCACGAACUUUGAAUUUCUUUAUGAACCAUUCUAUGUGUCUAAAGAUACAGCUCCAGCGCACGAUGAGAGAUUCCUGGGAUAUGGAUAUACGCGAAAUACCCAGGUCUACGAGAUGUUCGUCGCUGGAUAUCAAUUCAAAGUUCUUUCACCGGUGUUUACAGUACAUUGGGGUUUGCAAUCAAGAAAAAAUCGUCCCGGCUGGAGAGAGCGACAGAAUAUAUUCAAUAGAAAACAAUUUGACUCCUUCAAGCGCGAAAUUUUUGCAAAAUACUCCACAGAUCCCCUGAAAAUGGUAAAAAAAAAUUAACUAGAAAACUUCUGUCGUGCUCACGAGUAGAGGAUGUUGAUUUCAAUAUUAUCACUGGAAUUAGUGAAUGUACAAAUAUUUAUCAGUUAUUUUCCUACAGUGUGUGAAUGUAUCUUCAAUGCCUGUUAUGCAGUAUUCAUUUACAUUGUUAAAUGUGAAGAAAUAAUAAUAAUUGAUGAUAA